AAAUAUACUCUCUUUUCAACUCCUACUUUUCAAUUAUUACAUAAAGAUUGAUUACUCGAAUGAUGCCAUGUUCAACGUUUUUUCUUGGUAUUAGAAGGUCAUGUCAAUCAUUUAUUGUUUAGUCAUUAAAUGAAGUCGAAUUCUUGCUCGAUCGUAACACCGAUUGUUAUGUGCUUGUAUAUAGCAAUUGGCAGGCGUUUCUUGUGGUGUUUCUGUAUUCUAAAUGAAAUUUCAUUUUACUUUCUUUUUGGGGUUGCUUAUGGUAAUGUCCUUUAAAAGAUUAGCUGAUUGACUCCAGCAAAUUGUUUCCAUCUUUGUACGUUUCUAUUCCCUGCUUUGGUCAUCUUUUCUAGUUGCAUCAAUCUUGUCAAGUUCCCUAGACUUUUUUAUUUUAUUUUCCUUUUUUUUGUGUGGAUUUAUAGCUUUUCAUGGGGGAGUAUUGCUGAACAACCUCCUCAUCUACUUUCCGUGCUGUAUUUGUUCAAUCUAUAUCGCAAUGGACUUUCUUCUUCUCUAGGCUUUAAGGGGUUGCAAUGUCUGUCUGUGAAUACGUACUUUAAUUUCGCAUUUUAACAGGCCUAAUUCUUAAGUUCAUAUCUGAUAUCUUAUCCAAUGACGUUCCAUCAAUGUAUUUAGUUGUUGUCAAAUCUAGCACCUUUUCUCCAAGCUCAUUCUCCAUACAGAUUUGCACAAACUGUCUUCACGUUCUGAUUCCAGUUUGUCCAAAUGAAGGCUUCUCAGUUAAACUCCCAAUUUUCACAUCUUCUUACCCUUAAUACUGCCAGAGGGCUUUAUUUUUGCCAUGUUGUAUGCAUAACUUGCUUCACUGUGCUUCUGAUAAUGAUGUUCAGCAUAAUCAGCUCCUUGAUACAUGAACAUGACAUGCAAAUUAACCAAAUUAUGCCCCUUGAUGUAAUUGGGAUGCAUUAAAUCACAUGAAUGACUGUGCUGGGUGUAACAUAGCAGCAGUUACAAAUUCCUUGCUUUUCAACUGUCCUUUGUAGCUUUAUGUCUCAAUUUUCAGAUUCUUUGGGUGCCGAACUUUUGGAUAAUAGGAGCAGGUGUGAAGUACAUCAUAAAGUGAAGAAAUCUGACAACAGCUUAAGUGCUGGUGAUAAGUUUCCUAUAUCAGAUUUUGAAUCCUAUGAAGACCCUGACUUGUUUGCUGUGCAAAAGGAACUAUAUCUUGCUACUUUAUGUGCAGUUGAUGAACCCCCAAAACCAUGGCAAUUUUGGAUGGUUAUGCUCAAGAAUGGAAACUUUGAUAAAAACACGACUCUUUGUCCUGAAAAUGGAAAGAGAGUCAGUAAAAUAAUAACAGGCAGAAACUUUCCAUGUUUCGGUAAAGGAUGUAUGAAUCAACCACUUGUGUACCAUAACUACUCUCAGUUAGUUUUUUCUGGGGAGAAAAUGGUGUCUUUGAGUGGAGGAUAUUUCGGGACAUAUGACCUUGAUGCUGACCUGAGCAAAGGUGUAGGAAACAACUCCUACUUUUCAGUCUUUUGGAAGAAGAAUUUGAGCACAGGGAGUUGGAUUUUCACACACAAACUGACAACAUCUGCAAAGUAUCCCUGGCUUAUGUUGUAUCUACGUUCAGAUGCUACCGAGGGAUUUAAUGGUGGCUAUCACUAUAACGGCAGUGGUAUCAUGCGAAAGUUGCCAGAUUCUCCAAACUUUAAAGUAAAGUUGACACUUAACGUUACACGGGGAGGAGGGGGAAACAGUCAAUUUUACCUCCUUGAUAUAGGUAGCUGUUGGAAGAAUAAUGGAGAUCCAUGUGAUGGUGAUGUUCUGACAGAUGUGACUAGAUACAGUGAGAUGAUAAUUAACCCAGCGACAUCAAGCUGGUGCCGCCCAGAUAACCAAGUUUCUUGCCCACCUUAUCAUGUUAGUCUGACUGGUGAAAAAAUAUAUAGGAAUGAGACAUCUCGAUUUCCAUAUUCCGCUUACCAUCUGUACUGCAGUCCAGGAAAUGCCAAAUAUCUGGAGAAGCCAUAUGAUAUCUGCGACCCAUAUAGCAAUCCACAAGCACAAGAAUUGGUGCAAAUUCUUCCACAUCGUGAAUGGUCUGUGCACGGCUAUCCUGAGAAGCAAGGAGAUGGAUGGAUUGGGGACCCUAGGACUUGGGAGCUAGAUACGGGGGCCCUUUCUAGUCGUCUAUACUUCUACCAGGAUCCAGGAACAAAACCAGCACGGCGGGUGUGGUCUUCAAUUAAUGUUGGGACUGAGAUAUAUGUUAGCCGGGCAGGGGAAACUGCUGAGUGGACUGUGAGUGAUUUCGAUGUGCUGGUUCCAGAAGAUAUUGCGAAUGAUGGUCAUAACUCUUACUGAUCUCUUCUAGCCAGUAUGUUUACUCUUCUUCAGGCGAAACACAAGUGAAUACAUUAUAAGGUUAUUUGUUGUAUAUUUGCGUUUGAUAUAUUUUUCGUAAAUGUUACAGAAUACUAUGCUUUCACUUCUUCAAGUUUUGUCCCCUUCUAAUCAGUAAAUGAAGAAAGAUAUCCUUUUGCCUUUGA